AAGAAGAAAUACAAGAAAUACGUCAAAUACGUCAAAUGUCACACACGUCAAAUUAGUUUUUUUCCGACGACCGCAGCAUUACAAACGAAUUUUUCCGGCCAGUUCGUCGAAAUUAUCGAAAGAAAAAACCAUGUUUCGUAAUCAAUACGACAGCGACGUGACCGUCUGGAGCCCCCAAGGGCGCCUCCACCAAGUCGAGUACGCCAUGGAGGCCGUCAAUCUCGGCUCGGCCACCGUCGGACUGAAAAGCGCCAGUCACGCCGUUAUAAUAGCCCUGAAAAGGGCCUCGUCCGAACUGUCCGCCUAUCAGAAGAAGAUCAUCCAAAUCGACGAUCACAUCGGCAUCACCAUCUCCGGUUUGACGGCGGACGCGAGGAUUUUGAGCAGAUAUAUGAGGAACGAAUGUUUGAACUACAAGUACUCGAUGGAUUCUUACAUGCCUUUGAACAGGCUGAUCAACAUCUUAGGCAUCAAAAUGCAACAUUGCACCCAACGCUACGACCGUAGACCCUUCGGCGUCGGUCUACUCGUCGCCGGCUACGACGACGACGCCGGCGCCCACAUCUACCAAACGUGUCCCUCGGCGAAUUUCUACGAUUGCAAGGCCAUGUCGAUCGGCGCCCGAUCGCAAAGCGCACGAACCUACUUGGAGAAAAAGCUCGACGAGCUGCCUUCGAUGGCUUUGGAGGAUCUCAUCAAGCACGGCUUGAGAGCUUUGAGAGAUACUCUUCCUCCCGAAGUGGAUUUGACCACGAAAAACGUUUCGAUCGGUUACGUGGGAAAAGGGACGAGCUUCAAGAUAUUGGAGGAGGAGGAGACGGCGCCGUUUUUGGCGUUGAUCGAAGGGGAGGAACGUAGAGGGGGUAGUGGUGGUGGUGGGGGUGCGGUGGAGGGGGCGGCGGAUCCUUUGAGGGAAUCGGGGGACGAGGGGGGAGCCCCCAACAGGGGGGAUCCUGUACCACAGGUAGCGAUGGAUACGACGGAGUAGAUUCUUUCGAAUUGAAAUGUGAAGAUGGAGGAGGGGUUGGAGUUGCGUCGGGGGUGGUUUGGAGUGGUUGGUUGGGGGUGGUUUGUGGUUGUAAAGGUGAUUUGCCGUGGCUGUUUUGAUUCCGAUUCUGAUGAGAGGAGGGAUU